UGCAUUGUGAGUGGGGAUUAUUACGUGGUUACGAUUGAGAGAGUAAGUAUAUAAACGGACUCCUGUGUAUGGUAGUUUGUUCCAUUUUGCACACUCUAUCUUUGUCUUCUUCACCACCAUUUUCUCUUGUAUGGUGAACAUGAAAUCACACUUGUUCAGCUCUGAAUGUAUAUCCUUAUGGAUCCCUCUCUGCCGCAAUACUAACCAAAACUCAUGGAUCAACUUCAGUUUUUCUUAAUACUCAUUACUCCUCCUUCAUCAUCAUCAUCUCCUUUUCCUUUUCGUUUUCCCUCUAUCCCUUCUUCUCCCUGAGAGUCACCAGAAACAAUAUCAAACAGAGAUACGUAUAUAUCAAAUGGAUGAAGAGCGGCGAAUUCUGUUCGGAAAAUACGAGAUGGGAAGGCUAUUAGGCAAAGGAACCUUCGCGAAAGUCUAUUACGGCAAGGAGAUCAUCGGCGGCGAGAGCGAGAGCCAGAGCCAGAGCGAGAGCGUCGCCAUCAAAGUGAUCAACAAGGAACAAGUGUUGAAGAGACCAGGUAUGAUGGAUCAAAUCAAACGCGAGAUUUCCGUCAUGAGACUCGUUCGUCAUCCCAACAUCGUCGAAUUAAAAGAAGUCAUGGCCACCAAAACCAAGAUCUUCUUCGUCAUGGAGUUCGUUAGAGGCGGCGAGCUUUUCGCUAAGGUCGCCAAGGGUAAGCUCCACGAGGACGCCGCUCGUAGAUAUUUCCAGCAGUUGAUCUCCGCCGUCGAUUUCUGCCACAGCAGAGGCGUUUCUCACCGCGAUCUCAAACCUGAGAACCUUCUCCUCGACGAGAACGGGGAUCUCAAAAUCUCCGAUUUCGGUUUAUCGGCCUUGCCGGAGCAGAUCCUUCAGGACGGAUUGCUUCACACGCAGUGUGGAACUCCGGCGUACGUGGCGCCGGAGGUUCUACGGAAGAAGGGAUACGACGGCGCGAAGGCGGAUAUCUGGUCGUGCGGCGUCGUUUUGUAUGUUCUUCUCGCCGGAUGUUUGCCGUUUCAGGACGAGAACCUGAUGAACAUGUACCGGAAGAUUUUCAGGGCGGAUUUCGAAUUACCGCCGUGGUUUUCGCCUGAAUCGAGGAGAUUGGUUUCGAAACUCCUCGUCGUGGAUCCCGAUCGGCGGAUCUCGAUGCCGGCAAUCAUGCGAACGCCAUGGCUACGGAAAAACUUCGCGCCGCCGUUAGCUUUCAAAAUCGACGAGCCGAUAUGUUCUCAGAGCGACAACGAAGACGAGGCUCGCUAUUGGGAAGAAACAGAGCAGAUAUCGCCGAAAUUCUUCAACGCUUUCGAAUUCAUCUCGUCGAUGUCGUCGGGAUUCGAUCUGUCGAGCUUGUUCGAGAGCAAGAGGAAGCUGCAAUCGGUAUUCACGUCACGGUCUUCGGCGACGGAGAUAAUGGAGAAGAUCGAAACGGUUACGAAGGAGAUGAACAUGAAUGUAAAGACAACGAAGGAUUUCAAGGUGAAGAUGGAGGGGAAAACGGAAGGGAGAAAAGGAAGGCUCUCGUUGACGGCGGAAGUGUUCGAAGUAGCGCCGGAGAUCUCGGUGGUGGAGUUCUGCAAAUCGGCGGGGGAUACUCUGGAGUACGAUAGGUUAUACGAAGAACAAGUCCGGCCGGCGUUGAACGACAUCGUUUGGUCAUGGCACGGCGACAAUACAACUGUUAAUCAGAGACCCGAUGGAAACAAGUCUACUUCUCAAGGUUGUUGAAUAGUUUUGGUUCUGAGUUAACCGGUCUUCGGUUUAUGUAUCAUAGUAUAAGAACUGUUUACAUAUUGAACCUAGACUUUCUUUGGUUCAAUCUAAUUUUGGUUUUAGGUCGAAUUCAGAAACUUUUUGAGUGUCGUUGUAUCAUUGGAGUUUUAUGGUUCGGUUAUAAUAAGUUGCGUUGGUUAAGAAAACUGCCACGUGUAGCGUCUCAGAGACCUUGUAAAGAUCCGCCUUUUGUUAAUAAUAACUACCAAGU